GAACUUAGCUCGUUUCUUAUUUCCCCAAAUUCUUCACCCUUACAUCUUCAUCAUCCAUUCCCUGCAUGAUGCUUACCUAGGUAGGUACCUAGGCAGAUACAAUCAAGACAUCUGCAUGGUUUCCGGUAUUGUGACAAUGACUACGGGAAAUCCGCGACAAGUUACACCUGCUGGACAUUGCAUGAAUGCAGGAAUAAACAGGGUGUCAAACAAGGCAUAGUGCACGCACCAUAAUUGCCGAGACCAAUCUCCAGCCACUCCAUACGGAUGUAUACUAAUACCAAUGUGCAAUACUUGUUGAUAGCGUCCGGUUGUUACACUGCCUGACUGCCUGCUGAGAAGAAGAUACACCCAGAAGGAGCUAAAAAUCACGGUCAUCAUAUCCAUCAUAUUCACUGUUGACCAUGGUUAAGUAUGGUAGGUAUUCGACAAGCUGUCGCCUUUGCAUCAUCGUACCAACACGAGUCUAAACAUUCCUCAAAAUAUGCUGACGAGAGUUUUGAGGCGUGCAUUGAUUCUUGGGCUAUUAUCAGUUCUACUUUUCUAUACCAUCCUCCGUUACAUAGAUGGCCGUCCCGUCAUCUCACAUUACCGCGUCCAAGAUUGGAUAAAACGCACGUUUCCUACUGCCAAUAACCUCAUCAACCUAGAGCAACAACAUACUCUUAACGGCCCAGUGGAUUCAGGAAGUAAGAAUGGCGCCAAUAGCGAUAUUUCGCCUCAAGUACUACCAGGCUACAACGAGAAUGGGGAUAAUAUCGUCGACGGUCCCAAUUUCAAUGAUACCCACGUCGUAUUGUUCUCUGUUUCAACACCAGACAAUAAAUAUUUCAAGCUCCGUUUCGAUGACAAACUUGGCAUAAAUCCCAACAUCAUCCCGCACCCUUUGCUUGAAGAUACAUGGACCAUUGUGGCGCAACAACAUGACCCAGCAGAUAUAACGCACACUCAGUUCACUGAAAUGGUCUGCGACGCCUCAUUCAACCAGGAUAGUAGUGAGCUCAGUUGUCUGUUUCCCCCUGUGCCAUUACCGAUCGUCCCGACUGGCCUAGGUAAAUGCGAAGGUGAGCUUGAGUACGUCAAUCUGAACACUGGUCCCCAUGAUGCUAGGGUCUUCUACGGCCCUGUAUCGCCAUUCAUAAUCUACGGGAGUAAUUCGCAAUGGACGUGUUUCGGACAAUGGAUGCAAGACUUCCGAGCGUUAAUAAACUGGGAGAGAGAGCAACAGUCGGAUCAACCUUUUCAGCUUGGGACUGAGCUUCAUCGGCCAAUGCCUUACUUCCCCAUGGAGAAGAACUGGUUCCUAUUCUGGGACACCGACGGCCGAAUGUAUGCACAUUAUGACGUCUCACCUCACCGAGUAUUUGCGGCGCUCGAAGUUGACGCGUCGGUGGCAUCGGAUUUGGCCCCUCUAGCCGCAGCGGCUGGCGAUGGGAAGUGUAUGGAAAAGUACAUGCCCAAAACAGGACCUUCACAAGAAUCAAUUCAUCAAGCAACUAAUUCGCUCUCUAUAACCAUGUGCCGACAGACAGAUCCGGAGUGUUCACCGAGUGACGCCAACACAUUCAUAUUCACCAUCUUUCAGCAUAAAACCUUCUAUAACUUCCAUAGCGUGUACGAGCCAUACGUAAUGGUGUUUUCACAAAUGCCGCCGUUCCAAAUUUACGGUAUAUCCCAGAAGCCAUUAUGGAUCUAUGGUCGUGACACGCCGGACCGAAUGUUUUACGUAACGUCAAUGAACUGGAAGAAACCAGGUCAGAAAUAUCAUGGUUAUCUGGAUGAUAUUUUAUUCGUGGCGUUUGGAAUAGAAGAUAGCGAUACCGCUGGUAUCGACGUCUUGGUGGGUGAUAUAUUUACUGAUCUGGGCCUGUGUUCUGGGAUGGCGGCGUGAUUCUGUGUUUGAAUGACAUUGUAAAGCUAUCUGCACAAUUCUAACAAUGUAGACUACCUAGGUAGGCUCUAUUUCCAUUUUACCUGUAAUAUGCAGGUAUAUACAUAUAGAUUUCUGAUAUUCUAGAAGUGCAGUAUUGCUCAGGAUUUAGGGCUUCAAAAUGUAGCGGCGCACCGACAAAUCCGAUAUCUAUAAUCCCAUAUGUACCAUGGAGAUCAGAACUAAUGGUAAUAUUCCCCGAGCGUCGCGUUAACCGCAAUGCGCAGCCGUUAAGUGAUGCUGUGUGCCCAUAACUCCAGCUCAGCUUCUCACAAUUCCAGCUAUGUUGUCGUGGCAGGCUUCUAGUGGUUCUUCUUUUGGCUAAGCGAGAUAGGAUUUCACAAGGCAAAUUAUUCAGGUAUUUCAUUCGUAUUGAACUAAGGAUGCCUAUGGCUCAGUCGGCUUAUUUUUCUAGUAGCUUCAUGAUGCUCGCCGAAUGAAAUCAAUUUUGCUGUUUACUAAGGAUCAUGACAUGCAUAACGCUUCCGUCUAUCGGUUUGUUAAUUUUAUAGAUGCCCAAGCAAGUAUGUUUUAAAUA